GUAGAGGACGCCAUGCUUAUGUUUGACAAGACGACCAACAGGCAUAGAGGAUUUGGCUUUGUAACUUUUGAAAACGAAGACGUGGUGGAAAAAGUCUGUGAAAUUCAUUUCCACGAAAUCAAUAAUAAAAUGGUAGAAUGUAAGAAAGCACAACCUAAAGAAGUGAUGUUUCCACCAGGGACGAGAGGAAGGGCACGUGGAUUACCGUAUACCAUGGACGCUUUUAUGCUAGGGAUGGGAAUGUUGGGUUACCCGAAUUUUGUUGCAACAUAUGGCCGAGGAUAUCCUGGAUUUGCCCCCAGCUACAGCUAUCAGUUCCCAGACUAUUUGCCGAUUUCACAAGACAUAAUUUUUAUCAACUAG